CUUUCAAUAUGGGGAGGCAUAUCUUGUUCUACAUUUUGUUGGCUUUGAUUCCUGCUCUUGUAACAUCAGAUUUUAUAAUAGAACAAUUCAGGAACAUCAAGAAGAGAAGUGCUUCUGAUGUGCACACCAAAGGUAUAGAAAUCUACUGGGUGAAAAUUGAUUGCAAAGUUACUUCCCGAUUUUCCCGUAAUGUCAUCACCAGUCGAGCUGUAAACCGUGCAAGUGUGUCCAAGGAAGCCUUUUUUGAAGUGGAAAUUCCUAAAACAGCCUUCAUUAGCAACUUUACCAUGACAAUUGAUGGUGUAAUUUAUCCUGGAACCAUAAAGGAAAAAGAAGUUGCCCAACAACAGUAUCAAAAAGCAGUUUCAAGUGGAAAGACUGCAGGUCUUGUAAAGGCCUCUGGAAGAAAAACUGAAAAAUUCAGCGUUUCAGUCAACAUUGCAGCAGCCAGCAAAGUCAUUUUUGAGUUGACUUAUGAGGAACUGCUGAAGAGAAGUUUUGGGAAGUAUGAGUUGUUUAUAAAAGUAAACCCAAAGCAGCUUGUCAAUAAGUAUGAGAUUGAGGCAGACAUAUUUGAGCCCCAAGGUAUCAGCAGUCUUGAAGCAGAGGGAACAUUUAUCGACAAUGAAUUAUUACCAGUUGUAAAAAAGUCUUUUUCAGGAAAAAAGGGCCAUGUGUCAUUCAGUCCCACUAUUGAUCAACAACGAACCUGUGAUAAUUGUACAAACUCUUUGCUGCAAGGAGAUUUUGUCAUAAAGUAUGAUGUGAACAGAGAUUCUUCUAGUAGCUUACAGAUUGUCAAUGGAUACUUUGUACACUUUUUUGCACCAAAAGAUCUUGCACAUUUUCCUAAAGAUAUUGUCUUUGUAAUAGAUGUCAGUGGCUCCAUGUCAGGACGGAAAAUUGAACAGACCAAAGAAGCACUACUAAAAAUAGUCGAAGAUUUAAAGGAAGAUGAUCACUUUAAUUUAAUACUAUUUGAAAGUGAUGUUACCCCAUGGAAAGAUGGGUUAAUUAAAGCCACUCCUGAGAAUGUUACAGAAGCAAAGGAAUUUAUUAGGACAAUUACUUCCAUGGGAGGAACAAGUCUUAAUGGUGGUUUACUGAAAGGAAUUGAAAUCCUGAAUGUAUCAGAGUCAGUGCAUAGAAGAAGUGCUCCUUUUAUCAUCAUGUUAACAGAUGGUCAGCCAACUGAUACAAGCACCAGUGUGAUCCAGCAGAAUGCUAAAAAUGCAAUUCAAGGAAAAUACCCUUUAUACAAUCUGGGUUUUGGCUAUGACCUUGACUAUGCAUUUUUAGAAAAUUUAGCAAGAGAAAACAAUGGAUUGGCUCGUCGCAUCUAUGAAGACUCUGAUUCAGCCCUACAGUUACAGGGGUUUUAUGAUGAAGUGGCUAAUCCUUUACUUACUGAAGUAGCAUUACAGUAUCCCGAAAAUGCCAUCUCUGACCUGACUCAGAAUAGUUUUAAGCACUAUUAUGGUGGUUCCGAAAUUGUUGUGGCUGGACGAAUUACAGACAAUGACCUGAACAGUAUUACUGCAGAGGUGAAAGCUAAAGGUGCAGAAGACGACCUGACCUUUACUGAACAAGCAGGAGUUGAGGAGACAGCUAAAGCACUUGAAGAGCAAAAAUACAUAUUUGGAGAUUAUAUUGAGAGACUCUGGGCUUAUCUCACUAUUCAACAACUUCUGGAAAAACGCUCUAUAGCAACAGGGUAUGAAAAGGGUAACCUGACUGCUCAAGCCCUGGAAAUGUCUCUGAAAUACAAGUUUGUGACUCCUUUGACAUCCAUGGUGGUCACAAAGCCAGAAGAUGAGGAUGCUGUUGCUGACAAACCAGUAGAAGGUACCAAUGUCUUCUAUUCUAUAAGGAAAUUAACCAACCAACCUGACCUAGCUCUUUCUUUAGGAGGAAAGUUUAAAAUAAACAUUUUGUUUCACGUGGAUGGAGAUCCACACUUCAUUAUAGCAGUUCCUCAGAAAGAAGAUGCCCUUUGUUUCAAUAUUAAUGAAGAUCCAGGAACAGUGUUAAACUUAAUAAGAGACCCAGUUACAGGUAUUACAGUCAAUGGGGAGCUUAUUGGUGAUAAGAAGAGCAUCAAUGAUGUAGGACCACAAAAUACAUAUUUUGGAAAACUUGGGAUUGCAAAUAUUCAUCUGAAUAUAAGUCUUGAAAUAACUACUGAGGAAAUUGUUCUCCAGAAUGGUAUAAAACGGACAGUAUUCAAGUGGCUUGAUGAAGUCAUCUUACAACAACCAAGCUUGACUCUGAUAAUCAAACGAAAAAGGAGUCUGGAGGUUUCAGUGGGCAACGAGGCAAAAUUUGUUGUUGUCCUGCAUCAAGUGUGGAAAAAACAUCCACUGCACCGAGAUUUCCUAGGAUUUUACACAAUGAAUAAUCACAGGCUGUCAGAGCAAACCCAUGGCUUAUUAGGGCAAUUUUUCCGCUCCAUUGACUUCAGCAUACUUGAAAUCCAUCCUGGGUCUGAUCCUGAGAAACCAGAUGCCACCAUGAUUGUGAAAAGCAACCUGCUGACAGUAACCAGGGGAUGGCAGAAGGAUUACAAAGACGAUGUCCGGCAUGGCGUCAAUGUUCCUUGCUGGUUUAUUCACAACAAUGGGGAAGGCCUCAUUGAUGGUGUUCACACAGACUAUAUUGUGCCCAGUAUAUUUUGAUACAAAUGGAAUUAUUAUUGCUGUGACUAUGAACAUAAUUUUUCAAUGCAAUUUGUUCAAAAGGCAACUAUAGCAAAAGACAACUUUUAUGUGUUAAUGCUAGCAACACCACCUGAAAAUAUGUUUAUAUGACUUGUCAUGAUCUGUUCGUUAAUGCAUAACAGUUGUUCUGAAUGAAUAAAUCAAGAUGCUGAUGUUAUAGUCAUUGAAAA